CAUGGCUCCACCGAACGCCAAAGCAUUAGACACGGUCAACAGCGUUCAAGCAGUCGCGUACCUAUAUUAUCUACCAUAUUAAGACCAUUAUCUUAUUUAAUAUCUUGGUACCAUGCAGGCUUCUAAUACAUUGUUGAGAGCCUUUUCCGAGAACCGACAGAGCUUUGGAAUUUGGCAGAUGAUACCAGAUGCCAACGUCUCGAGGCUUCUUGCUCGGUCGGGAUGUGAAUGGAUCAUGAUAGACUGCGAGCAUGGAUAUAUCAGCGAUACUGGCAUGCAUCAUACUGUCCCCGCCGUCGCGGCAGCAGGCGCCUCGCCGAUCGUGAGACUUCCUGAUAUGCAGCCCUGGAUGAUCAAGCGCGCCCUGGAUGCCGGCGCGCAUGGCAUUCUCGUACCUCAGCUGCGUACCGUAGAGGAGGCGCGACAGGUUGUUAAGUGCGCCAAAUUCCCUCCGCGAGGCACCAGAGGCUACGGAUCGCCUAUACCUCUUGACCGAUUCACCCCUGUCCCUACUCUUACAGAAUAUCUCCAGCAGGCAAACGACGCGCUACUGACAAUGGUGCAUAUUGAGACGCAGGAAGCUCUCGACGCUGUUGACGAGAUUGCAGCUGUUGAUGGUAUUGAUGUGGUCUUUAUUGGUAUCUCGGACUUAGCGAAUAACAUUGGCCAUCCGAUCAUUGACGGCGCAGUUUCAGAAGAGCUCAAGGUGGCAAUUGCAAAGAUUCUUGAAGCUGGUCACAGAGCUGGCAAGAAGGUUGGAAUAUAUUGUUCAACUGGCGAGCAAGGCAAAGCUGCUGCCGACCAAGGAUUUGAUAUGAUUAGCAUGUCAUCCGAUUAUACACUUCUGCAUGGCAUUGUUUCGCAAGAGAUCAGUAUUGCGUCUGGAAGACUACCGCAUAGGCUCCGCCGAUAACUCAUUGUCUAUGUCUUGAACUCAGUGUUGGAAUCAAAUCCUUUUUCCCAUUUUUUAACAGAAGGAAAGAAAGUGGUGUACAGUUCUAGCUAAAUUUAUAACAAGAACAUGGAAUCGUUAAAGAAGCUGUCGUCCCAUACAAAUAUCUGCGAAUUGGCUGCGGUAGGAGCAACACUGGCGUCUACUUCCAAAGUAUCAACACCGCCAUUAUCGUCUGCUUCAAAGCUAUUUUUGCCUAGCAUGUUAUUACCUGUUAAAGAGACCGAGCUUUGUAUCUGACUGUUGUAGCGCUGCAGACCAUGGUUGGCGUUUAACUGAUCUUGGGGCUCUGUGUCGUUUUGAGCCGGAUCAACUUGAUGAUGUUUUUCGCGAGUCGCCCAUGCAUCGCCCAAGAAAUUCAUAUAAACACUUUGAGCAUUGGUCGACAAGAUUCUGAGCGACUUAGAACCCAAUAGUUCCACAGCACAAUUUUCUACAUCUGUAGCGUUCAUGUGUGCAUCGAACAUAGAGGAGUCGUUGGGUCUAGC